GGUGCUGCGUGAGAUUUCAGAUCUGCAGUCGUUGCAGGCAGCUUAUACGCAGCGUACAUGUCGUUUUAACUCAUCAACAAAAAGAUCCUUUUUCUAUUUCUUUCAGCUAGGGUUUUGCCUCUGAGUCAACAAUCUAGGGUUUUUCGCAAUCUUAAAACCAUGCCUCGGUAUUACUGUGAUUAUUGUGACACUUAUUUGACCCAUGAUUCUCCAUCUGUUAGAAAGCAACACAACGCGGGUUACAAGCACAAGGCAAAUGUGAGAUCCUACUAUCAACAGUUUGAGGAGCAACAAACCCAAAGUUUAAUUGAUCAAAGAAUAAAAGAACACCUUGGCCAAACUGCAGCAUUCCAGCAGGUUGGAGCUGCAUACAAUCAACAUUUACUGGUGCAGAGGCCCCGUCUUCCUGUUCUGCCUACACCAGUAAUGCCUGUCUCAGGGAAUCCGCAGUUACCUGUAAAUGCACCACUAAUCCCUGGGAUUAGGCCUCCUGUUCUUCCAAGACCUAUACCUGGUGCUCCAGGUUAUUUGUCUGCUCCAGGCAUGCCACAAAUGUUGGCACCGCCUGGUGCACCUCCCUUACCUGGUCAUGCAAAUGGCAUGCAAAGGCCUCCCAUGGUGAUUCCCCCAACAACUGUUCCUGGGAGUACACCAGCAUCCACUGCUUCUGGUGCUGCUCCUUCGAUGGUUCCACCUGCUACUUAUCAGGCAAAUCCAGCAGCAGCCACAAGUGGAAGCUUUGACAGCUUCAAUAGUGCUCCGGCUGUGGCUCCUGAGGCUAAUCAUUAGUCUGAUCAAAUUGGUAAUUACAAGAAGCAUACCACCUCUACACUCUGAUGCCUAUUUAAAGCUUCUUGAAUGGUUGUGUACCAUCAUUUUUGUAAACAAUAGUUAUUGUAAAAUGAUAAUAGAUUCAGCUUAAAGGGGCUGCAUUUCCCUGUCUUGAAAUUUUACUGAUUUACUUUGAUUCUCAAGCAAACUCUGAUUGAUGUCUUAAGUGAUCUACUGGGGUUUACAAGGACGAGAAUAUAUUUGGUGGCAUCUUGCACUAGAAGGCCUUAGCGUCCACUUGGGUUCUUCCUGAUGUUUAUGCCUUCUAAGUUUAGUUUCUGGACUAUUGAGUCUGCAUGUGAUGAAUCAUUUAUUUUACAUGUAUACAUAUAUUUGCGUAUUA